AUGGUUGCUGAGCUUGGACAGUAUGUUCAUGCAAUUGGGACGGAUUCCAACAAUUCGAUGGAACCCCGAAGUAUUGAAGCGAUCUACAUUGGACCUACGAAGGGACAACGUACAGGGCACCGAGUGCUCAACCUCAAUACUAAGAAGAUGAUUUCUCGACCCAAGGUUGUCGUACUACCCGUUACCGAUCAAGUAAUCCAGCGUGUUGAAGCUUGGGCUGCUGCCGAAGGUGUUACUUCCAUGAAGUUCUUUGAUAAGAAGAGAGAUUUGGAGACAUUUCAAGAUGGCAAUCAAAUUGCAGGAGUGGAUGACACGGAACAAGGUUACUUAGAGGAAGCCUUUGAUCAGGACUAUGAACCUGAAGAUGAAGAUGAACAAGAUUUCAACCUACGUGGACAAUUCGAUGAUAUCGAUGACUCCAAAAGAAAUGAGCUCUUGGCAGAUGCAGACAAUGAUGUCGAUGAUAUGCCAGAACUCACUGUCAGAUUCCAAGGGGAUGAUGACUAUGAAUCAGAUGACGACGAUUUGGGUGAUGAAGGCGAUGAAGAGGAAGAACCUAUUGUGGCUGAUUUGGAUCACCAUCAAGAAAAUAUCGAUAGAGGAACCGAUGAUAUUGGAAGCCUCGUUACUGAUCUGGAGGAUCUACAAGAACCGCAAGAAGAAGAGAUUGUAUUUGAGCCUGAAGAGCCUCAAGUAGCAAAAGUCACUCAAUCUGGGCAAACGUAUGCGCAAGCUGCGAUGUCAGAGCAAGUGCGAUCGGGGCAUCUACACAAAUACGAUGUCAUUCCCCUUAUCAAGACAACAGUGAUGAAAUCCUUGGAAUAUCCUAUGGUGUUAACUACACUGGAUGCUGCGACAUGGGUGUCGAUUAUGAGUCCCGUUCUCCAAGUCUGUUUGCCAAAAGCCGGCAUCUGCAGGAGCUUCCCCCGCGACAUGGUUCUUGCCCCUCUCCAAUUCCAGGGUCUGGGCAUCCCUCAUCCGUUUGGCACUCAGGUGUCCAAACAUAUUGGGGUUCUGCUCCGCCACUCGUCCAACCGAACAAAAACUGGGGCGUAUAUGGAGGCUGCGGUUCAAGAACACCAACUUGAGACCGGCACCUCCUUCGGACUCUUCCAGCAGGACUAUAGCAACACGGCAAUUUUGUCGUCAGAUAACUGGCUCAAAAGAGUCUGGAAAGAGUUGGAGGACUUGGAUAUCUAUGUUGCUCUCGACACUCCGGUCCUCCCUCUCCGGUGUGAAGGCGAUGCUUUGCUCAUUGAGGUAUUCAUGGAGUUGCAAGUGGACCAGGACGCUCUGAAGUGGCUCAACUGGUGUUGCAUGUUCCUCCAAGUUUGCACCGUCUCCAACAUUGUGGCGGCCGACAGCCGCAGCAUCCGGGAGUCAAUAUGGCAUGGGGAACGCGACUACACUCAUCGUUCUUCAUAUCAAUGGCCUCGCACUGUCCGACCCAACAGGAACCACUGGAGGGUGUGGCAGGAGAACCUUACUCGAGCACUACUUGUCUCUGACGGACCACAGCGCCUACUGCGUCAUCCACUGGAACUGGUUAUGGACUAUACUUGUUCUGCGCAAUUGUCCGGGCGCAAACGACCACAUCAUGAGUCCGCCGACGACGGAGCCUGCUUCUUGCCGGCUCCCCUUUGGACCCAACCACUCCCAGAGGACGUGUGCCGAGCUACCGUCCACAUCACGCCUUCGCUCGGUACUCUUGCCCUCACUGGCAUUGGAACAGAACCGCUGCAGCCGCACCACGACCCGUCCUUACUGGCCGCCUGGAUGGCCGCCUCAGCCAAGGUGACCGAGUAUGUCGGAUGGACCCCUGACAAAAUAGAGAUCGAUGGCGACGAAAGCCUCCUUGCUGAAGCCCUACUCGAAGACCGGCUGUGUGUGAUCAGCGACGGCUCUUAUAAGCUCGGUCUGGGCACGGCAGCGGUUCAACUGCUUCCACGUAAGGUUGGCAAGGAACAUAUUAUCGUUCGGUGCCAGACUCCGGGUCUACCUGAUGACCAGAGCGCGUACCGGAGUGAAUUGAUUGGCCUUCUGGCCGGUAUCAUGGUUGUUGAUUGGCUCCUGGACCAGUGGGCCCCAACACUUUGGUCACCACCCCGUGUCAGGAUUGCGUGCGAUGGGUUUUUGGCGUUGCUCAACACCUUUAGUGACAAUCGAGUCACACCGCAACAAGCCCAGUUUGACCUGGUCUCCUCUAUCCGGGAGGCACUUGCCCGCUCCAGGGCCUCGUGGGAACCUAGCCACGUGUACGGUCACCUUGAUAAGGCGACAUCCUUUUCAUGCCUCUCUUGGUGGUCCAAACGGAAUGUGGAAGUGGAUGAGUGGGCGGUUGCUUAUUGUCACCAGCUCGAAGCUUCUCACCAACUGAUUGCACCCAACGCUCGUUUCUUUACCGAAUUGGCUGCCCUCAACAUUGAUGACGUCAAACAGUCGCGAUUGAAUCCAGAGCAUAUCCAGGAACUGGUGGCGCUGCCUGCUCUACGCAAGCGAUGGCACAAGCGGCAGACGAUUACACCGGAGGCGGAGCUGGAGACCGAUUGGACCAGUCUGGCUCGCGCCAUGAGCUCCCUUCCGGCAGGUGUCCAACGUUGGACCACAAAGCAUGUCGUGGGUAUGUGUGGUGUAGGGAAGUUCAAAGUCUGGUGGGGUUCCGCAGACUCAGCUGCGUGCCCCUGCUGCGGCAAGUUUGAGUACCACUUCCAUGUCCCUCGAUGCAUGGCGCCCUCUGCGAGUGCGGAAUGGGAUCGCCGUACGGUGACCUUGGACCAAUGUAUGGUUCUCACUUCGUACCAGGGGAAACCCCGGCGCGGAACAUACCCCUUUAUUUCGCGUACGUAG